AUGAUGCCUCCUCCACCCACUAAGUGUGAGAAUGUUCCCGUUGGACGGGUACAAUCUAGAUUAAAGAGCCAACUUAAGAAACAAAAGAUGGAAAGUGGGGCUUCAUUCAACAAAAAGAGUGAACUUGAACUUUAUCUAAGUGAGUCGACCAUAGAUGAGACAAAUGAUUUUGAUAUUUUAAGAUGGUGGAAGGUUAAUAGUGAAAGGUUUCCUAUUCUUUCARAAUUGGCUAGAGAUGUGCUUGCUGUUCCAAUUUCAACUGUGGCAUCUGAGUCUACUUUUAGUACUAGUGGCCGGGUCUUAGAUAAUUUUAGGAGUUCUUUAUCUCCUAAAAUGGUAGAAGCCCUGAUAUGUACACAAGACUGGCYAAGAGGCCCUAGUCAGCCAAUUGCAGUUGAAGAAAACAUAGCURAUAUUGAAAAGUUUGAGAAAGAAAUGAUGAAUAUGAGAAUAGGAAGUUCAAGUUCUGUCAAUGACCAAGAGGAUUCUCUUCCGGUUCCAGCUGUUGAUGUAGAUGCUUUAGAGCUAGACAACUAG